GAUUCAGGAAGUAGCUCAGCCAGCGAUGAGGAAUUAGAUGAUGAUGAUGAUGAUGAUGAUGAGGAAGAGCCAGAUCAACAACCACACCCAGGCUUGGCCACAUCCGCAGUGUCAGUUCCCGCAGUGAGCUUUAUGCCAGCUAGUCCGUCACUAGAGGGCACACCUUCUACAGUGACAUCGGCGUCGUCACACAAGUCGUUGUCUCCCAUCAAGACACCAUCACCAGAUGACCCCAGUGGCCAGGUAAUUUACACAAUGUAUUACGAUGUGGGGAUCCCGUCACCUGUGAUGUCUUCAAUUGCCCCACGGAGACAGAGUCUGGGCGGAAAAGUGUCCUUUGUUUUAGGUGAGGAGUCGGGGUCUGCCAACCAGCAGCCUUCAGACAUGUCUGAUGCUGGUCUCAUGGAUGGUCCGGCUGUAGACAGUGACAAGGAAAAUAUGGGACGGAGGAAGAAGAGGCGAGGUGAUGAGAGCAGAAGGCGGGGCAGCAGUGAUGGGGAUAUGCAGGACUCGGGCCAUGCCUUGUCAAAGGUUCCCAGUGCGGAAGAAAGCCAGUCAACACGUUCUGGUAGACGGAAACAUCAUCACCACCAUCGAGAGCAUUUCCGCACCGAAGAUUUAAUCAUGAGGAGGCAGAAGGGCAGUGAGGUGGUGUUGAGUGAAAACUUCAAGAUUUCCCCAACGGAAUCGGAGGAGGCUAACAUGUUGUACAAGGCUGAUUUGGAUGAGAUGACCAGUCACAGGUUUGAGGAUCAGAGAGGCAUCAGGCGGCACAAAAUUGGACGCAAGAAGGGAGCCUUCCAGUCUGUUGUACACAUGGGCAAAAGCCACCAUGAGAAGAAACCCAGGCCCGCCAAGAAAUACGACCACAGCCCUCAUGAGGUGUUUGUGGAGCUGGAUGAGCUCCACUUUGCAGGAGAUGACAUGAUGGAAUGGAGGGAAAAAGCCAGAUGGAUCAAGUUUGAGGAAGAUGUGGAGGAGGGAGCAGAAAGAUGGGGCAAGCCACAUGUGGCGUCGUUGUCAUUUCAUUCCCUGCUUGAACUACGCAGAGGAUUAGAGCGAGGAACUCUGUUGUUGGACCUGGAAGCCAAUGACCUGACAUCAAUCAUCCACAGCGUGGUGGAGAACCUGGUCAUCAGGGAUUUAGUGGAGGAGGAAGUCAAGGGAAAACUGCUACGUACUCUGCUGCUGAAGCACAAGCAUGUCAAUGGGCGGUCAGCCUUCCUGCGCCGCAACUUAUCGUAUGUUAACUUGGCCAGCAUGGAUAGUUCCGCAAAAAGACACCAGCAGCACGACAAGGGGUUGCUGAGUUCCAUAUCCCAGAGCAGUUUUGGUUCCACCUUUGGUCUGAACAAAUCUCCAAGCCAGCUGUCCAUCAUCGACAAGAAACGCAGAGAGGGCAAAGCAGCGGCCAAACUGGAGAUGGUCAAAGUGGAUGUGGACAACAACAUG